CGACUCCCAGCACUCCCUCCCCCCUCUCUCUCCUCCCCCUCGCCUUUUUGAUCUUUCCACCUCCCCUAGCAUUCCCAUCCCCCCUCGCCUUCCUCCAUCUCCCCAGAGCCAGCCAGCCAGACCCCCACCCACCGGCCCCGGCCUUGCCUGCUCGGUCCAGCGGCGAGGGGGGCCACCGUCGUCCCGGCGCCGCGCCCGCAGCUGCUCCCCCCGGCCGGUCCUCCACCCCGAUCGGCCGCCCCGGAUCGCCGGCGCCCGCGGCCCCCACCCGGGCCUCGAUCGAUUGGCGGCGGCGGUGGAGGGCGCGCUCCGGGAGACCCAAAGGCAAACCAAGCGCCAGGCUUCUGGGGUGCUGUGCUGGGGAGCAGGGAGGAGGUGGAGUGAUUGUGGAAGCUAGGAUUCCGGUCUUUGAGUGAUGGCGCAAGGCGCCAACUUCCCUGGCUUCAUUGGUGCCGCGGGUGGCCAUGAUGGUGGCGUUAACUUUGGUGGGGGCUUCUGCGACAUGGCCUUCUACCAGAAGCUAGGGGAGGGCUCCAACAUGUCCAUCGACAGCCUCAACAGCAUGCAGACCAGCAUGCACGGCGGCUCCAUCGCCAUGUCUGUGGACAACAGCAGUGUCGGGUCUAACAGCGACUCACGUACCGGGAUGCUCGGCCAUCCUGGUCUCAAGGGCCCCAUUGUUGUCGGCAGCUAUUCUGUCAGUAACAGCAUCUUCCGUCCAGGGAGAGUGUCGCAUGCCUUGAGUGAGGAUGCGCUGGCACAGGCUCUGAUGGACAAUAGGUUCCCAACAGAGACACUCCAGAAUUAUGAGGAGUGGACAAUUGAUCUGGGGAAACUUCACUUGGGGAUGCCCUUUGCCCAAGGCGCGUUUGGUAAGCUGUACAGGGGAACAUACAAUGGCAUGGAUGUUGCCAUAAAGCUUUUGGAGCGGCCAGAGGCUGACCCAGAGAAAGCUCAACUGCUUGAGCAGCAAUUCGUGCAGGAGGUUAUGAUGCUUGCAACCUUAAGGCACCCGAACAUUGUUAAAUUCAUUGGUGCUUGCAGGAAACCACUGGUCUGGUGCAUUGUCACAGAAUAUGCAAAGGGUGGGUCGCUCAAGAAUUUCUUGAGCAGAAGGCAAAACAGGUCUGUUCCGCUGAAGUUAGCGGUGAAGCAGGCAUUAGAUGUUGCACGUGGCAUGGCCUAUGUCCAUGGACUUGGGUUCAUUCACAGAGAUCUCAAGUCAGAUAACCUCCUGAUUUCUGGUGAUAAGUCCAUUAAGAUUGCUGACUUUGGAGUGGCUAGGAUUGAAGUGAAGACUGAGGGGAUGACACCUGAAACAGGAACAUAUCGUUGGAUGGCUCCUGAGAUGAUCCAGCACAGACCAUACAACCAGAAAGUUGAUGUCUAUAGCUUUGGCAUUGUCCUGUGGGAGCUUGUAACUGGAAAUGUUCCUUUUGCAAACAUGACCGCGGUGCAAGCUGCAUUUGCUGUGGUGAACAAGGGCGUCCGUCCGACCAUACCCCAUGACUGCCUCCCCGCCCUAGGGGAGAUCAUGACCAGGUGCUGGGACUCAAACCCUGAAGUCCGCCCCCCAUUCACUGAUAUUGUCAGGAUGCUGGAACAGGUGGAGAUGGAGGUCCUGCGUACUGUCCGUAAGGCCCGCUUCCGCUGCUGCAUCUCACAACCGACGGCCCUGGACUGAGCCGUUCAGAAUCCAGGAAAAGAACCUGGAGAGAGGUUUAGUCCUGUGUAUUUAUCGUAUUAUAAUAGACCUGCGCUUCAGAAUCAGAAAGCCAACUCUCAACACUCUCGAGUGUGCCUUCUGUCUUUGACAUGUUUGUCGUAGAUCACACCUAGUUUCUGUCAUCAGAGUGGUUGUAAUAGAAGUAGAUUUAUCCUUCGACUCCAUACUCUUCCUGUUGUAACAAGUGCAUGUUCCUGCUGCGCGCUGUUUGUCCGUUUAUCAUCAUGCGGCUACAUGUGAAAGCUCUGAUGCUUCAUGGUAUAUAUAAUAUGUAUAAUUAACUAGCUUUGAUU